AUGCUUCUUCUCGAUUAUCAAAACGUCCUUAUCCAAUCGGUUUUGACCGAGCGGUUCUCUGGAGCCCCGCCAGCCUCCAUUGACCAGACAGUAUCCGACUUCGACGGUGUUACAUUUCACAUUUCGACCCUGCCCGAAACGAAAACCAAGAUUCUCCUUUCGCUUCAAAUAAGAUGCUUCGCGGAUCUUGUUCAGUAUGGUGCUGAGCAGGUUCUGCAAAGAGAGUACGGAGAUUACAUCUGCCCAGUUGAAGCCGGCUAUGACUUUUCUGUCUUGAUCGACCUGGAGAACUUGCCGGAAGGAAAGGAGGAACGCGAUGCGCUGGCCCUCAAGUUUGCGCUACUCAAGCGUAACGCCAUGGCUGCGCCGCUCGAGCAAGCCUACGAAGAACACUACAAGCUCAAGGAAGAGGCCGCGAAGUUCACAUCAGAGGAGGCGCCACAGGAUAUCCUACACGGCGGCCAGGUCAAGGCUAUUCACUACCGCGAGGAGGAGGCCAUCUAUGUCAAGGCGGCGCACGACCACGUCACCGUCAUAUUUAGCACAGUAUUCCGCGAAGAGACUGAUCGGGUUUUCGGCAAAGUCUUUAUUCAAGAGUUCGUGGAUGCGCGAAGACGUGCUAUUCAGAAUGCGCCCCAGGUGCUCUUCCGCACCGACCCGCCCUUGGAGCUUCAGGGUGUACCUGGUGUUAAGAGCACCGGCACUGGCGAGAUUGGCUACGUCACAUUUGUCCUUUUUCCCAUGCAUCUUACCCCUCAAAGAAUGGAGCAGGUUAUUUCGCACAUUCAAACAUUCCGAGACUACUUCCACUAUCAUAUCAAGGCCUCCAAGGCAUACAUUCACUCGCGUAUGCGCAAGAGGACCGCUGAUUUUCUCCAAGUUCUGCGCCGGGCGCGACCCGAGAACGAGGAGCGCGAACGCAAGACCGCGACUGGAAGAUCUUUCAAGGUACAAGGUUAG